CUUUUAAUGAAGCCAUAGAACAUCCGCUGAAUAUCUCAAUCAUGAAGCACGCAAAAAUGUCUCCCCGAAAUGGACAGGAAAAAAAUAAACAUCGAAAGACCAGCUACGGGUGAAACUAACAUCACAAGAACCUGAGCCAUGACGAGCGAGGUUCCAUUUGACGGUGCUGCUGGGUGCUGCCUAGGGCGUCCCAAAUCGACAAGCACCCAGGAUGCUGCUAUGAAAAAACUUCUCAGCGCUCAGGCUUGUCAAGUUCUUGCAGAGCUGAGGAAAACUGGGGAGCUAUGUGAUGCCAUCAUAAAGAUAGAAGACUGGUCGUUCCCAGUGCAUAGAAACAUCUUGUCAGCGUGCAGUCCUUACUUCCGAGCACUUUUCACCAACGCCCGAUUUGAACAGAGUGAGCAAGAGAUCCGGAUCACCGGUAUCAGCCCGGACAGCAUGGCAGCCAUCAUAGACUACGCCUACACCAGACACGUCAAACUCAGUUGGUCGAACAUCGAAGAGCUUCUCCCGGCAGCGGACCGCUUCCUGGUUUCUGGCUUGAUGAGACCGUGCUGCGACUUCCUCAAACGGAGCAUCAACCCGGAGAACUGUAUCGGCAUCCGGAACUUUGCGCAGGCCUAUUCGUGCCGAGACUUGGAGAAGGAGUCGUACAACUUCAUACUCCGGAAGUUCCACGAAGUGUCCACCACCAGCAACGAGUUUCUGAACAUGCCCAUAGAGCAACUCUGCGAGAUCUUGGAUUCUGACUACCUAAACGUUCGCAACGAGGAAAUGGUGUUUGAUGCCGUCAUCCGCUGGAUUGACCACAGUCCGGACGCACGGAAGCAUGAGAUAGCCAGGCUUCUUAUGUGCAUCAGGCUAGGGAUCAUCACAACAAGAACUUUCAUCGAAAAGGUGAAGCCCCAUAAGUACGUGAAGGAGUGCGAGGCAGCGAAAUCCAUCGUGGUGGAGGCCCUGCGCCUCCUCUGUGACCUAGACUGGGACGACCAGCGAGCCACAGACCCGUCCAACCGCAUGUCCCGGCCCCGGGUGCCCUACGAGCUGCUCUUCGUGGUCGGAGGCUGGAGCGGCGGGACACCCACCAACCUUGUGGAGGUCUACGACACCAAGGCUGAUUCCUGGGUGGUCUCCAAGCAUCACGACGUUGGUGCCAGGGCUUACCAUGGCUGUGUCACCAUCGACCAUUGUAUCUUUGUCAUCGGUGGAUUUGACGGCGUGGAGUACUUUAACAGCUGUCGAGUCUUCGAUGCCAUCAACAAGACAUGGUCUGAAAUUGCUCCGAUGAACUCCAAAAGGUGCUACGUGAGUGUGGCGGAGCACGAUGGUCUGAUCUACGCCAUGGGCGGCUUCGACGGACAGCUGCGUCUGCACUCAGUGGAGCGUUUCAACCGAAAGACAAACCAGUGGAGCUUCAUUCAACCUAUGAACCACCAGCGCAGUGAUGCAAGGGCCACAACUAUGGGCGGCAGAAUCUACAUUUGUGGUGGUUUUAACGGCCAGGAAUGUCUGAACUCGGUGGAGUACUACGAUCCCUCCAUAUCCCAAUGGACGCUGAUCAGUCCCAUGCGAAACCGUCGAAGCGGAGUGGGAGUGAUCGCCUACAACGGCAUGAUCUACGCUCUGGGCGGUUUCAACGGCAUCACCCGAAUGAACACCGGCGAGCGCUUCUGUCCUGUCAAGAAGACAUGGUCCACGAUACCAGAGAUGUACAGUCCCAGGAGCAACUUUGCCAUUGAAGUCAUUGACGAAAUGGUGUUUGUCAUCGGCGGAUUCAACGGAGUUACGACAAUUUUCAACGUGGAGUGCUAUGACUCCAAGGCUGACGAAUGGUACGACGCCCAUGAUCUGAGUCUCUACCGCAGUGCUCUGAGCGCGUGUGUGGUGAGAGGACUGCCCAAUGUUCUUGAAUACAUCCACAGUGAGAACUGAGCUGCCCCAAU